CGGAGUAACCCGUCUUUAACCACCACGAGAAGCUAGCGCCUGCCUAUCUUAGCCACCCUUAGACCACCUAUAGGCGGCGGCGUAAAACAAUAUGGACACAGCAGGCGAACUCCGUCCAGGAGACGAAGGUUUUGAUGGAUUCCGCAUGAGCCUUCCUGAAAACUGUGUCGAGUACAUGAUAUUUGUCGUGAAAGGAAACGACGACACGGACUUUCCAGAGGCUCCAAGUUUGGAGACGAUUCGAAAGGCUGCUGUCCAAAAGCUCGACGAGCUCGCCAAAGACUACAUUUGGCAGCGCGAUGUUUUCAAGCUGGAGACUAAGACUCACAAUGGCCUAACCUACCUGCAUGGGACGACAGACUACGGCGACAAUGUAGAGGACGAAUGGUUGAUUGUGUUUCUUCUCCGAGAAUUGGGCAAGGAGUUUCUCAGUUUGUGGAUCCGGGUGUUUGACAGUGAUGGAGAAUUCCUUCUAGUCGAGGCCGCGAAGGUCUUGCCCAAGUGGCUAAGCCCCGAGAAUGACAGUAACCGCGUGUGGAUCCACGGGGGGAGUCUGCGGAUCAUCCCGCUAGCUGCCACUCCCAUCAAGGCGGGAUCGCAGCUGCUUUCUCUCCAGGACGCGCUUGAGGUCAUCAAGUCGACGCCAGACUUGCCCCUCCACUCGGCCUUCGUUGAGGCGGAGGCUUUCUACCGGCUCGAGAAAUAUCCUGGUCAAAUCAAAGACUCCCAACACCACGCGCUGGUGACUAUUCCAAGAAAACUAGCCUACAUAUUGCAUGCAAAGCCGGCUGCCGUAGCCCCCGUCGCGGAGGCAUUUUACCUCCGCAAUCCAGUUGUGGUCAAGCAGCCUAUAUCGCCCUCUUUCGAGCCAAUGUUCCCACCUCGAGACCUCGUCACUGUCAGCAUUCGCUUCACUAAAGUUCUGUAUGCCCAGCUCAAGUCGCAGAGAUUUGAGCCCUUACCAGCUUGGAAGGGUCUGCUCCAAUCUGCGGAUCUCAAGGUUGCCAAUGAUCAUGACCUAGCCCUUUCGAAGCUUGCACAUAUUGAACUCGGCAUGAAGGUUGCGGCCGGCUUUGAGAUUCUGGCCAGAAACGCCCACACGAGCGACAGUCGCCUAACUCGUGAAAUCGCGCUGCUUCUGGAUGACCUUGGAGAAGACGGGGACUCGGUCCUUCCCACCGAUGACGACAUAAGAACAUGGGAAGACACCAACCGCGAAGAUGACGACUCCUGGAUAGAUAUCAGCUAUAUCGACUUUGAAAAAGAGCUUGACGGUCGCGGCGCUUCUAGUUCAGGGUUUGGUAAUGCCAAGACUCAGGCUGACUUGAAGAAAAUUGUUUCUCGUUUCGAGGCAUUCCUAAACGACGACGAAGCCGGUAUCGAAGGGGCCGAAGUUGAUGAGAUGAACCAGGAUAAUGACAGCGACGAUGCCGAUGAUGCAUCCGAUUCACUGGAUGAAGACACAGAAGACGAGGAUAAGGAAAUUAGCUUUGACGAAGAGCAGUUUUCCAGGAUGAUGAGAGAGAUGAUGGGCCUUCCAUCAGGGGAUAUAGUCCAGGGGAGAGACAUGGAGAAGGAUGAUCAGGGCGACCAACCAGCUCGUUCUAGGCCUAGUUCAGAUACUGAGGAUGAGGAUGAAGACGAGAUGGAAGAAAUCCGUAAAGUCAUAGCACAGAUGGAGUCAGAGCUUGCAGACCAUGUUGCCUUGGCAUUGGAACCAGUCGCAAAGAAACUACCAUUGCUCGGGGUUAGGGGCAGCCCAGACAGAGGACAACCCUCUACGAAUGCGGGGGUGGAUGAAGAAGACGCCGACAUCGAUAUUGAUUACAAUCUCGCAAAAAAUCUUCUUCAGAGUUUCAAGAGCCAAGCAGGCAAGGCGGGUCCUACCGGAAAUCUUCUCGGCCUGAUGGGCAUGGGGUUGCCUCGGGAUGAGGGUGACUCGGAUGAGGAAGGAAAGUAGAAAUUAAAUUUUAUAGCCGCCAGCUUUAAAUCCUGGAGAGCCAAAGUAUACAAGCCGCUGUGCCAGGGAGAUCUGAGAAGUCCAACAAUGCUAGGAGUCAACAAAAUCCUUCUC